AUGGAGAGUGACCAAGCAAGUAGGUCACUAAUGUGGGCACAUGACCCAUGGGGGCUUACCAGAUCUCUUGCUGUUUCUGAUGCGGAGGUUGUCGAAGUUGUUGGUGUUGAUGAUCUCGAUGGCCUAAAAGCAACUCGCUUUCUCUUGGUGGGGCGGUUGUUGAUGACUAAAGACUAUCACAAGGAUUCCUUGGUGGGCACGCUGAAACGUAUUUGGCAUACACAUGAGGAGUUCUCUUCUGUUACCUUGGAGGACUCUAAAUGUCUUCUAUUUUCAUUCAAAAGUGAUCUCGAUCGUAACUGGGUGAUGAGGGGGUCACCAUGGACUUUUGAUAAGGCUUUAUUGUUAUUGUCGGCAACUGAUGGUAGCAUUCAUCCCUAUGCUAUUUCGCUGGACUUACAAAAUUUCUGA